AUGACGUUGAGCACAGCGUUCGCGGCGCUGCCGACUCUCUGCGCGACGACACUUCUCCCGGCCAACGCGGUACUCGACCUCGGAAACGGCUUCGAGCCUUUCACACUGACUCAAGACGCGUUCUUUCAUGCACCAUGCCCUACGAUUGCCGCGCGGCAACUAACCGACGACGCGGCUGCUCCGACUCUCGAUGCUUCCAGCCUCACACCUGCUGACAGCCAGGAGCAUCAGUUCUCCGACUUUCGCGACCCCUUCUACAUUACGCAAUUCCCCAUAUGCUACGCGUUGGCGUCCACCACGAUCACGGCUUGGAUGCUUGUAAUCAUACUCUUCGUCAACCAGAGGUCUUUCCUCGACGGCGGCGUUGUGUAUCUGGGCCGGCGCGGAGGAUUCACCAACGGCUCGCCAAGCGGCGUCAGCAUUGGAGGGCGGCCAUGGCUGCAAAAGGUGGCGGCCCUGACCGUCGCCAUAUCUCUGACGGUAGCCACGUCGAACACAUUUACAGUCGCUGAGCAGCAGUACAGGUGGGGGAUACAGAAUGCCGGCCUCAUGCAGCGCGAGGUUCUCGGCAGCAUCGAAAUCAAAGUCAUCCGCCUCAUAUCUGACACGUUCCUGUGGCUGGCUCAGGCGCAAACCUUGAUACGUCUUUUCCCACGGCAGCGGGAAAAGAUCAUCAUCAAAUGGACUGCCUUUGCGCUCAUCACCUUGGAUUUGAUAUUCAGCGCAUUGAACAGUUUCCAGUAUUCCGACGACGGCGUGUCGCGUCCAAGCACGCCCAAUAGCUUUGUUCACCCUGUGCCGGCUCUGAGCUAUCUUUUCCAGCUAUCACUCGGUAUCCUCUACGCGGCGUGGGUCAUUUACUACGCCAUCACGAAGAAACGAUAUGCCUUCUACCAUCCGCUGAUGAAGAACAUUUGUCUUAUUGCGAUCAUUGGCAUCACUUCCGUCAUUAUUCCCGUGGUCUUCUUCAUCCUCGACAUCUCGAAGCCGGACGUUGCGGGGUGGGGUGAUUAUGUGCGCUGGGUUGGUGCUGCUGCCGCGAGCGUCGUGGUUUGGGAGUGGGUGGAGCGUAUCGAGGCCCUUGAGCGCGAGGAGAAGAAGGACGGAAUCCUUGGGCGAGAGGUCUUUGACGGAGACGACACACUAGAGGUCAUUCCCUUUGACUAUCCAUGGCGGAGGAAAAUGAGGAGAGAUCACAGUUCUGAUGAUGGGGGUGAGAACGGAGUCCCCCCCCCUCAUGGCGACACGCCACGAGGUGGCCACCACACAAACAACGUGCAGGGCCAACAACAACAGCAACCACAGGGCGUCAUGGGCAAUAUCCUGAGACCCCCACUGUGGCCAGCGCGACCUGCGCCUGCAGUCACGCCCGUCAGUCGCACGGACACACAAAGCGCAGCAAGCACAGUCUAUGCAGUACGAUAUCCGCCCACAUCGGAGGCGACAACGCGAACGCCCGAUAUCAUGUUGCAGUCGAGCAUGCCCGAACUGGCCCGGCUGGAGAGCUUGCCUGAAAGCUGUCAUACUGACGACGAUCCGGCGAGCUCGCAGCCUGCGCCAGCUUACGCUCCCUCCAACCCGAACCCGCCGCCGUCAGGGCUACAGACGCUGGACGAAGUCGAUGCGAAUAGCUCAGCCAGUCAAACCGCGUGUCGAGACCUCACUGCCUCCACAAACCCGCCUGCAAGCCAAAACUACGCGGGCUCGGCCGCGGGGAUAGAGCGCAAUGUGUCAUACGCACCACCGCAACGCCACUCCGCUCGGGGCGGUUCCUCGCACAGUCGAUGGGCGGUACGGGCGAGGCUCGAAGAAUUUGCGGCGAAUCAAGCCGAAAGGAUCCGCGAGCGCGUUCGUCCCACAACGGACACCGACAAUCUCCCUGUCAGGGUGAUUCCAGCGCCAGAGCGCAGGGGGACAGCUCUCCGGCAAGUCCUGGAGGAGGAAGGAGUGGGCGACAGGAUCCAUCGCGGCAGCAGCGAUUCGAGGGAAUCCUCGGUUGAGAUGAGUAUCCUCGAGCGUGAAAGGGAGCCAAAUGCAUCCACGCAGCGGGGUACCGAUGGGCUGCCUGUCGACAAUCCUCCGCUGUGGCCUGGCGUGCAGCCUCGACUCAUGUACGACGACGAUGAGUAUUCAUACGAGGGGGGCUCGGUCACGGAGGAAUCGGUCUCAGCCACCAGGGGACGUCAAACAUCAGAUGAGGGCACUGUCCCGGGCCCUUCGAGGCGCCAAUGA